GACUCACAAACACAAUCAAAGUUAAAAUGGCAUAUGACCCCAUUGACCCCAUUUAUAUAUAGAAUCUAUAAAUGCCUAAAACGGGAUACAUUGCAAUGCCACCAAAUUUGAGACCAAACAAAGGUGCGUUAAAUCAAGCUAGAAAUUAUGGAAAACCCUCGCAGAGGAGAGGAUCCAGAGAAGCAAGGAAAGCAAGAGAAGGGAAGCCAAGAAGUACGUUACCGCGGGGUCCGAAGAAGGCCGUGGGGGAAGUUUGCUUCUGAGAUAAGAGACCCUUCUAAGCAAGGUGCUCGUCUGUGGCUUGGUACAUUUGACACCGCUGAGGAAGCUGCAAGGGCUUAUGAUAAUGCUGCCUUUAAUUUAAGGGGUCAUCUUGCCAUACUAAAUUUUCCAAAUGAGUAUUAUGCUCAAGUUAUGGGCUCUCCUCCUUAUCCUCCUAGAUUCUCGACACUUCCUUCUUCUUCUUCUUCCACUUCAUCAUCUUCUGCCGCUGCACCCGGUGGAAGUUCAUCUGCUGGACAGGGGAGCAGGCAAGUGUUUGAGAUUGAGUACUUGGAUAACAAGGUGUUAGAGGACCUUCUUGAUUAUGAAGAGGAGAAGAAAAAAUGAAAGUGUAAUUGAGUUGUAGAACUUCUUCUUUUUUUUCCCUUUUUUUUGAUGUUUUUGUUGAGCACGUUUCCCUUCUAAAGAUAGUUAUCUGUUUUUCAGCCAUUCUUUUAAGUCUUUAACAAGUCUUCCAUCAUCUGGGGGGAAAUUUUAUGAUAUUUUAGUAAUCACUUAACAUAAUUGUUUAUAGAUUGGUAGUCCUCACUCUUCACUGAAUA